UCUUCCCUCUCACCACCGUCGCCAUGCACAGAUCUGAACUUUUUAUUUAUUUUUUCUUUUUCGUUAAAUAGAUUUCAUCUGAUUCUAUAAAUUUUUCGUAUUUUUUUAUAAUUCAAGUUUCCAUGCUCAAAAUUUUGAAUUUUUAAUUAACCCUUAAUUUGGGAAUUGAUUCCUAAUCAUAGGGUUAGUGGGAGGCUAGUUUUAAUUCAAAUUAAUUGUAAAGACUGAACCCAAAACGUAGACCUUUUUGCUUAAUUUGAUUGUACCAAGUAUUUCUCAUGGGAUAAAUCCAAGUUUUUUUUUUUUAAAUGCCAUUUUGAAUUUUUUUUGGGGGAUGUGAAAAUAUCUAGUCUGGUUCAUUUGUGAGAUUGUGUUAGCAUGUCCUGCAGAAGUAGCUAGUCCUUUUUAUUUAAAAUUUACCCCCACAUUAAUUCUUUGAACAUGGUUGUUUGGUUUGUUAGUUGUUUUUAUAUUGUUGAAUGCUAUCUAAGUUUUGAAGUUUUUUCUUUUUUAAUCACUUAUUCAUAUUUUUAUGACCUCUGUGUUGUAACUUGUGAACCUUUGCAGAGUAUUUAGCUUCUUGCAAAAGCUUUUAAUUCUGAUUUAGAAGCUGCUAUCAAGAAUUUGCUGUGAUGGCUGGCCAAAGGAGUACUUAUGGUAAGCGCCCCCACUUUAAAUCUGACUAUGAUAAUGGAAGUAAUAAAAGGAGGAAUUCAGGUGAUGAUAGAGAGCAGUUUGUGAUUGAUUCAGAAGAUACUGUGUAUCGUUUUUUGUGCCCUGCUAGAAAGAUUGGCAGUGUUAUUGGUAGGGGAGGUGAGAUUGUUAAGCAACUGAGGAUAGAAACUAAGGCCAAGAUUAGGAUUGGUGAGACUGUGCCUGGAAGUGAAGAGCGUGUUAUUACUAUCUACAGCUCAAGUGAUAAGACUAAUGCUGUUGAGGAUGGUGGCAAUUAUGUAUCACCUGCUGAGGAUGCUUUGUUUAAGGUGCAUGACAGAGUGGUUGCUGAAGACUUACAUGUUGAUGAGGAUGAUGAUGGGGUUCACCAAGUGAAUGCUAGGCUGCUAGUACCAUCUGAUCAGAUUGGUUGUGUUAUUGGAAAAGGUGGCCAGAUAGUUCAGAGCAUACGUAGUGACACCGGGGCGCAGAUUCGUAUACUUAAGGAUGAACAUUUACUCUCAUGUGCCUUGAGCUCUGAUGAACUUGUGCAGAUUUCUGGAGAUGCUGCAGUGGUGAAGAAGGCUCUGUAUCAAAUUGCAUCUAGACUUCAUGAUAACCCUUCACGGUCUCAGCAUCUGCUUACUUCUGCUGUUCCCAGUGUAUACCCUGCCGGUGGUUCACUCAUGGGUCCAACUCCAGGAGCUCCAAUUAUGGGGAUAGCUCCUCUUGUCGGUGCUUAUGGGGGAUAUAAAGGUGACGGUGGUGACUGGCCACGGUCCUUCUACUCACAUCCAAGGGAUGAAGCAUCUUCAAAGGAGUUUUCAGUUCGAUUGGUUUGUCCAACAGGAAACAUUGGAGGCGUAAUAGGAAAAGGUGGUGCUAUAAUAAAUCAAAUUAGGCAGGAUUCUGGUGCAACAAUCAAAGUUGAUAGUUCAGCAACAGAAGGAGAUGAAUGCUUAAUAACCAUUUCAACAAAAGAGGUCUUUGAAGACACUUUCUCUCCAACAAUAGAAGCAGCUGUGCGUUUGCAACCCCGAUGCAGUGAGAAAGUUGAAAGAGAUUCAGGAAUCAUCUCAUUCACUACCUGUCUGAUGGUGUCAACCUCCCGAAUUGGUUGCCUUAUUGGUAAAGGAGGAUCUAUCAUAACUGAGAUGAGGAGGCUUACCAAAGCUAACAUUCGCAUUCUGUCAAAGGAAAAUCUUCCCAAAAUUGCAUCUGAAGAUGAUGAAAUGGUGCAGAUUUCAGGAGAACUUGAUGUUGCCAAGGAUGCUCUUGUGCAUGUGCUUACACGGUUGAGAGCAAAUCUUUUUGAUAGGGAGGGUGCUGUCUCUGCAUUCCUUCCAGUUCUGCCUUAUCUUCCUGUUUCAGCUGAUGGAUCAGAUGGUCUAAACUAUGAGAGUAGAGAUGGUAAAAGACAUGGACGCGGGCAUUCAUAUUCAAGUGCGCAUGGAGGCUCAAGUGAUUUUUCAGCCGGUGAUGCUUACGAAAGCUAUGGAGGUUCACAGCUUGGUGGUAGCAGCGCUUAUGGGGCUUAUGGAAGUUAUUCUUUGGGACGAACUAGUACUGCUGGGUUGUCUAGUCAGAACAGUAUUUCUAGGAGGAGAAACCAUGCUUACUAAACUUGAUGGAUCUCUACAGGUAGAUUACAAUUUUCAUUAACUCUUUUAUCUUCCAUCAACGAACUUCCUAUACUGUAGGCUAGUCACAUUAGUAUACAAGAGAUUGAUGUCUUAACCUGACCAGUGUCCCGUUUAGAAUUCUGAUACUCUUAUUUUCCCUUUGUUCCCUUUCCCUUACCAUCCAAACAGCUGAGAUCUGUGAAGCCCUCGCAGCCUGCCUACUGCCUAAACCAGAAGACAAGAUGAACCAGGGUUUGACAAACUUAUGGCCCACCUUGACGCUUCUACUUAGGGGACCAAACUUAUGUGGAGACUAUUGAAAUUGGCCAUGUCCACUUUUCCUUAAUUCCCAAGCUUGAUCACUUGUGCUCCCAAGAACCUAUAAAGCUGGCUUGCCUUUGUUUCUGCUUUUAUUUAUUCUGGUUCAUUUGUCCUUAGAACUAAAAAACACCAUGUAGCUACCAUCAUCCAGCAGUUGUAUACAUGUAUUACUGUUUUUGGGUUUUAUUUUCUCAUAGUUCAUUGUCAAACGCAGUAUGAGAUUUUGUGGUUAUUUGAAUUUCAUGUUCUUGAUUCCUGCUAAGUUGACCUUAUAUAUCAAAAUUUGGUGGAGUUUUGGUGUCAUCUGUAUUGCAGGUGCCACUAUUUACACAUAAUAUAUCAUCCAUCAUAAGCAGGUAAAAACGUGUUGCAUUAUUUCACUCUGAAAAUUCAUACUUAUGGAUAUUGUUUUGAGUAACUUACCACGACUACACCUUUCAGUUAAAGGUAUGAAAAUGUUUUUGGUUAUGCUGUUAAUUGUAAUACUGAACCUCAUAGUCAAAAACUAGUUUGAUGAAGGCAAUCCAUUGGAAGACAUGCAUGAUCUAUGGUGAUUCAGAAAUAGUAUAUCUCUUGUUGCUAGUCUCUCUUCUCAUUUUGCCAAUAUGAUGCAUGCUUUGAUAUUUCAAUUAUUGAUGCAUUGCAUGGCUUUCGUUUGAGCUUAACUAGCAUUCAGCUGCAUUGAAUCAUUUUUAGUUUUAAUUUUAACUUAAUUUUUUUUAUAUAUAUUUAUUUUGAUUGCUUGGGUAGCAACUAUAUUCUAGUAGUUCUACUUACUAAAAGUUGGCUUACAAAAGAGAACACAUAUGUUGUUAGGCCAUUGGAUCACCUGGACAGGUCAUUGAUUUUGAGUCUUUUGAUAUACUAUCAGUGAUCCAAUGGCCCUGUUCCAAAGGUUUGCCUAAUGUUACUCCUAUUAUACUGUUCUCAACUACUUGUCUGAAAACCUUGGUCCAAGGACUGUAUUGGCUAAAUUUCUUUUGGGGGUUAGGUGCCAAUGUAAACAUGCCACUUUGAUGAUUCCUGGAGAUACUGUGGAUAAAUUGGAAUUCAGUGGCUAAUGUGGUAUUAUUUUAAGAUUGUUUUUUGCUGAUUUAUAAUCUUAACCGCAUGCAACUUGAUUUCUUCUGUGGAACUCAUUUGGCAGGCCCUAUUAGGUAUAAUAAUUUUUGUUGGGAACUGGUGAUGAUUCCGUUCUUACUGGUGCGAAAACAUCAUAACUAAAUCUGCUUUAUGAUUUUUUUUUUCCUCAAUAUUGUUUUAUUAUUAAUUUUUGGUAGCUUGUUAUAUUUCAUCGAUCAGCAAAAUAUUGUACUAAAGAAAUCAUUUUGUAGAUAUUUUGCUACAUUCAGCAU